CCCUAUGCUAGAGCACACCCUCAAACGCUACACCCGACUCUACUGGAUUUGAGUUAUUUCCAUCGUCUUGCUUCUUCUAUAUUCCUCGCUUCAACUUGUUCCUGGAGACCCAUUAAUUUGAAGCGGAUUCACAGGCACAGUGUAUACACUAAGAUGACGGAGGCUGUGAUUAGGACGAAGCCAGGGAUGGCGAGCGUAAAGGACAUGCCGAUUCUCCAAGACGGCCCGCCUCCUGGUGGCUUCCCACCGGUCCGGUACGCCCGUCGGAUUCCCAACAAGGGACCCAGCGCCAUGGCCAUCUUCCUUGCUGCUUUGGGCACUUUCUCAUACGGGAUGUAUCAAGUGGGUCAAGGCAACAAGAUCCGCAGGGCACUCAAGGAAGAGAAAUAUGCUGCUCGAAGAGCAAUAUUACCUGUGCUUCAAGCUGAAGAAGAUGAAAGAUUUGUCAAAGAGUGGAAUAAGUAUCUUGAGUACGAGGCAGAAGUAAUGAAGGAUGUGCCUGGUUGGAAAGUUGGUGAAAAUGUCUACAAUUCUGGGAGAUGGAUGCCCCCAGCAACUGGUGAGCUGCGACCAGAUGUGUGGUGACAAUAUUGUCAGUGUGCAUGUUUAAUUGACAAGACUGGAGAGUUGUUGUGAUUCUCCUUAUCCAAGUUUGAUUUGUUACUUAAUGUUGUUUCUUUUCUCAUGAAAUAAAAAUUCAGCUAAUAGACUCCUUAUGUGCA